CAGUGGCCUGGUUGAUAAAAAGAUUGCAAGACAUAUUGUUGAACAUGUCCACAAUGUCAAAUCUUCUCUGACCCAAGGAAAUGGCAGGAGUUUGAAGAACAACACCUGCUUCCACCAGUUGAACCAUUUGAGCAAUGGGGAAUGGACUUCAUUGGAAUACCAGAGACCAGAGAUGGUCACAAGCAUAAAUGGAUCUUGACAAUGGUCAAUCAUGCCACAGGCUGGCCAAUUGUGAUUCCAAUGCAAAAAGCCACAGGCCAAUGAGUUGCCCAGGAGAUUUGGGACCAGAUCAUUAUGCACUAUGGAGUGCCAAGUGAAAUCCUCACAGACUGUGGAAAGAACUUCCUUGCUCCAGUUGUGUCUGAAUUCAUGCAGAAGGCUCAAGAAGAAGCUUCAGAGCAAAGCACUAUCCAUGCAGUUGCAGACAAGGAGUGGUGGGAUCACCAACUCAAUAUCAGGAUGGAAGGUACACAGCAGGGUUUUGAGGUUGGUCAAAAGGUGCUGCUCCAGAAUGAAACUGCAAACAAGGGUGAUGCACAUUGUCACUUUGCCAAUCCAAAUACCAGGUCUGCACCAAUCAUGGUUACAGAAGACAAAACCAGAUGUGCACCAGUGACAGUUGCAGAAGACAAAGCCCAGUCUGCACCAGUGAUGGUUGCAGAGGAUGAAUCACAGAAUACACAGUGAACAGUUAUGCCAAGACAGAGAUCAUGACCCAUGGGUCAAGAUCACAGAAUUCCGCAAACUGUUCCAGUGAAACAAAGGCCACAGACUCAAUUCUAAACUGAUAACACAGACAAUACCCCAAGACUGCAGGUCUUGGAUUACAAUCCUCCAGACAGAGGUCCAAUUCCCUCAACCUGAAGCCCUGGAGCAACCCAAACAGUUGCCUGCACAGAUGUGCAAAGUUAGUAAAUCUGAUGCAAAAGGUGGUCCACUGAUUGCAUAUGCAUGUCCAGUCCUCCAGAUGGAGGUCCAGAAUGCAGUACACUGCAGUCUUACCAGGAUGCACCAAAACCUGAUUCCAUCCUUGCAAACAGGAGACACAGAGCAGAGCCAGAAGGCAAAAUUCCAUCUCAAAAUCAUAAAAUCCCAGCCAUCCAGCCCAAGAACA